AUGAAGGCAAAAGCAGCAGUAACAGCAGAAGCAAAGCAAUCACCCUACGCCCUUUUCUUGCCUUCACUUUUCUCUUUUGCUUUUCUCACAUUGAAAAGAUCACAAACGUUCUUCACUUCAAAAUCGAGGGGUGCAAACGACGAAUUAUCACAAAAGCCAACCACAACAAAAGGCGCUGAAGUUCUCGCUAAGGGAAAGAACGAACACGUACCCUGGUUGGAAGUUUCACAUUUGAAAACUCAGAUCUUGCAUUGA